AUGGUCCCUCCCCAUGACACGGCCGCGCUCCUCCCCUACAUCGUCGCCGCCCUCGUCCUCGCCUUCACCGUCAUCAUGGGCGGUCUUUUCGCCGCCGGGCUGACACCCUCCAUCCCAGGCCUCCCCGGCCUGCCAUCGCUGCCCCGCGCAGGCGCCAGUCCCGUCAGCAAUGGCGGAGCACGAGGCGGUUCGCACCCUCCCCCAAUAGAUCCUGGAGACAAGUAUCCAGGCAUGGUCAACCUCAGCGGCACGCUCUGUUACAUGAACAGCGUGUUGCAGGCAUUUGCUUCGUUGCCAACCCAGCUUGCUCACCUCGAACGCAUCGUCUCGCUGGCCAUCAACGCCGAUGUCCCAACCCCAGUGACCGACGCGCUCCUUGACCUCUUGACCGAACUCAACACCGGACAUGCGCGUACACCCCCCGCGCUCCGCCCACACGCGCUCAUUGCGGCCCUCUCGGCGUUACCCCAAGUCCGUCGUCUCCUCGCCACCCGCGAACAGCAAGACGCGCACGAGCUCUUCGUCGUCCUCGCCGAGGCAGUCAGCGAUGAGGCAACAAAGGUCGUCAAGGAGAUUGCCCGCACGCGUGGUCUCGGCCAGGCUCUCGACUUUUCCCCACCCACGCGCGAACCGUCGCCUUCCCCGCCAGCUUCCAUCUCGUCAUCUUCCUGGACGUCGUCGCGUGCACCCUCUGUUGCCCCGACUGUGCGCGCACCAUUCCGCCGCCCAGAGUCCGGCCUGGCCCAACCGUGGGAAGGGUUACUCGCACGCCGCCGUGUGUGCCGUCGUUGCGGGUACAGCGACGUUAUCCGCACGGACACGCUCGGAGGAAUGGAGCUGCCGAUCCCAAAAAGUGGUGACGCGACACUUGAUGAGUGCAUCUCCGAGUACCUUGCACCCGAGGCUCUCGAAGGCGUGACAUGCGACAUGUGCACGCUCCGAGCCACCGCCGAAAAGUAUGCUGCCAAAGCCGCGACGCAACCCGUUUCCGAGGCCGAGUCUGCUGCGGGCAAGAAGAAGCGCGCGACCGUGAUUCGCACUGCGAAACGACUGGCCGCCAUGGUGGACGCUGGCGUCCCUGCCCUCGACACGCCCAACGUCAAGUGGGAGACGGUCCGAACAGACACUAUCCGCGAAACGGCCGUGACCCGCGCACCGCGUACACUGCGGUUCCUCUUUGUGCGCUCCGAGUACACACCAUACGGACAGCUGCUGAAGAAGACUGCGCGCAUCGCCUACCCGCUCAUGUUCGACAUGGGCCCUCACAUGGCCCGCGGCGUGUGGGAGCCCCGACCCGAGAGCCUCAACGUCGCCGGCAUGAUCAAGGCUGGCGCAGGUGCGGGCCCGGCCCCGCGCGCGCUGUAUCGCCUUCAGUCAGUCAUCCUGCACUAUGGCUACACGCAUAGCUCGGGCCAUUACGUCGCCAUCAGGCGCAAACCCAACGCUCCCCUCGGUGUGCCAGGGAAGGGAUGGCUGAGGAUCUCAGAUGCGGACGUGGACGAAGUAGGAGCAGACGAGCUGGCGGCUACACGAGGGCAGGUGUUUAUGCUCUUUUAUGAGCGCGUCGACUUGCCCAAGAACGUCGAGGCAAUGAUCAAUGCGCCCACCGAGAACAACCACGUCGACUCGACAGUGGGAGGAGCCAGGUACCUUGGGGAGGUGGACUCGAUGCCGGGCACGCCGGCCGAGCCAGCUUCCACUGCACCCUCUGCCGCACUUGACCUGCCCACUGAGAAUGGGAUAGACAGUUUAUCGUAA